AAAGAAAAUUGUCAAAACGCACAAAAUUGUGUACGUGUACGUGUAUUUGCUUGCUACAGGCAGCCGAAUGUGAAAAACUUUGUUUUUCUUUUUAAAAAAUUUCUUUUAUUUUGUUAAAAUAUAUAUUUUUAUUUGGUUUUAAAUAAUAAUUAUACAAGAUCCGCAGUCAUGAGUAGGAACACGAAUAGAACGCCAGUACACAAUGAAACCGGUGACAUUAGCAGUCUUUACAACAGUGCUUUGGAGGAUCUUUCCUCGUACACUUCGUUCAAUGAGAGUGCCAACAAUAAUACCACCCACAAUUCAACCAUCAACAAUUCCACCGAUUUAGAUAUAGCGCUAAGUAAUGGCGAUUCAUUUAAUUCAAAAAGCAUUGACACAAAAAACGCUAGCUAUAAAUUUAUUCAAUCCGAAUCAACCGACAAUUCGGAAGAGGUUGAUCCAAAAUCCCAACUGGCAAAUAAGACAAUAUUCAAAACGGAUAAUCCCAACUUGUCAAUUAUAGAAAUUAGUGAUAGUUCCACAUUGGAAAAUGAAAAUUCCGUUUAUGUUGUUGAGUCGUCAUCAGAUGAAGGCGAAGGUGGUGGAGGUUCAAAUAAUGAUAUAUCAAGUGAAAAACGCCGCAAAAAGGUCGAAUCACUUUUACAUUCCAGCAAACAAAGAUUGAAUAUAUCACCAGAGCCAUCAUCGACAACAGCAGCAACAUCACCAUUAUCACCAGUUUCACCAGCUAAAUCAGCAUCAUCACCAUCGAAAACAAUAAAUAAUGAAAAUGGCAAUAAUCCACCUAAAAAUGGGGUCGCUGUAGAAAAGAGAAAUUCCAUUCAUGUUUAUGAUGAUAUUGAGGAAUUUGAAAAACAUCUACCUCACACAGUGACGGUGCUAACAACUCCAUUUGGUAGUAAAGUGUAUCUUGUAGGUACGGCUCAUUUUAGUGAAGAAUCACAAGAUGAUGUUUCAUAUAUAAUUCGCAACGUUCGUCCAGAUGUUGUUAUGGUUGAACUGUGCCCUUCACGUAUACACAUUUUGAAACUCGAUGAGAAAACACUACUGGAAGAAGCAAAGAACUUUAAUCUAGCUAAGAUCCGCAGCAUAUUCCAAACAAACGGUUACAUCAAUGGAAUAUUUUUCAUCCUUUUGCUGCAUAUGAGCGCACAGUUAGCUAAAGAACUUGGAAUGGCACCCGGUGGCGAGUUUCGACGUGCUUUUGAAGAGAUUCACAAAAUUCCCGGAUGCGUAUUGCAUUUAGGUGACCGUCCAAUAAGAAUAACAUUACAGAGAGCUCUGCGAGCUCUCUCACUUCGCCAAACAUUGAAGCUUGUGUGGCGACUAACCUCUUCAGAGACCAUUAGCAUCCAAGAAGUCGAAGAAUGCAAGCAACGUGACUUACUUGAAAAACUUAUGCAAGAAAUGGCAGGAGAAUUUCCUGCAUUUAGUGAUGUUUUCGUCAAAGAACGAGAUCUCUUCUUGUGUCAUUCGUUGCAAGUUGCCGCACUGCCCAUACCCCAACCAGAUGGGACAUCGAGGCCAGUACGUGUGGUGGGUGUAGUGGGAAUUGGUCAUGCCAAUGGAAUUGCAGCAAACUGGGGCAAAGUUAAUCCAAGCCAGAUACCAGCCAUAUUGGAGAUACCUCCAGCCAGUAUAAGUACCAGAAUCUGCAAAUACACACUCAAAUAUGGCCUAAUAGGCAUCACUCUUUAUGGUGCAUUUAAAUUUCUGAGACCACGAGUGCAGAGAUUCUUUUGAUUGAUGAUGGAUUUGACAAGAGCAUAAUAGUUGUAGAUCUGCAUUAGUAAAGCUUAAGUUAAAUAUACGUUAUACUGUACUAAAUGUAAAUAAGAUGAUACAUAUAUAUAAUAUGCCCAAACGCAUCUUUUAAACGGGCUACAAUUGCAUAAAAUCAAAUACAGAGAGCAAAAUUGUAAUGGCAUUCCAACAACAGGCAGCAAACGAACAAGGAACUAGAUACAUUUCAUUCACAUAAAAGGGCUUUUUGUUGAGACACCUGUUCGACGGAGGUAUCUUUUCAAAAUUUAUCAUCACAUAUUAUUUUGAGUGUAAAUAAAAAAAAAAUAUAUUUCAAUGAAUGUCUUGAAAAACUGUUAUAAAAUUUAAAAGAAAUAUAUAUAUAUAUAAUAAUUGUAAUUAAAA